CAGCCUGAUUGCAACCUUUGGUUUAGUUCGUCUGCAUUUUUUUAAGUCACACCAAUUAUCAACAAAAUACUUUGCAUUAAGUAAAAACAAUUUACAUAAAAAAACUUCACAAAAAUGGAUCAUUUCAACUUUGGCGGUUCGGAACUAACGCGUGGUCACAUGGUUCAAAUGUUACUGCGUAUUUCUAUAGCCUCAGUUAUCACUUAUUACUCAGUCAAAUGGAUGAUGAAUCAAAUAGACCCGACAAGUAAAAGCAAAAAGAAGGCAAAACUUCUGGCCGAAGAACAGUUAAAAAGGCUGCGUAGAGAGGACAACUUCGAUGUAAACUUACAAACAUUUACCGAUUACGAGUUGAUGAUUGCAUCACACCUUGUUGUUCCAGCAGACAUUGCGGUGAAAUGGAGUGACAUCGCUGGCUUGGAUGCCGUCAUACAGGAUCUACGCGAAUCGGUUGUGCUGCCCGUGCGACAUCGCGACAUGUUUAAGAACUCCAAGCUGUGGCAAGCGCCGCGAGGUGUUCUGCUUCAUGGUCCGCCUGGAUGUGGCAAAACGCUGAUUGCCAAGGCAACCGCCAAGGAGGCGGGCAUGCGUUUUAUUAACUUGGAUGUGGCUAUACUGACCGAUAAGUGGUAUGGCGAAUCACAGAAGUUAGCCUCUGCUGUUUUCUCGCUGGCCGCAAAAAUUCAACCAUGUAUAAUUUUUGUGGAUGAAAUCGAUUCGUUUUUGCGCGCCCGCAACUCAAAUGAUCACGAGGCCACCGCCAUGAUGAAAACGCAAUUUAUGAUGUUGUGGGAUGGUCUCAGCACUGAUCCAGAAUCUGCUGUCAUUGUCAUGGGAGCCACAAAUCGGCCGCAAGAUCUAGAUAAGGCAAUUCUUCGUCGUAUGCCAGCACAAUUUCAUAUUAGUCUGCCAUCUGAAGUGCAGCGUGGACAAAUUUUGAAAUUGAUCUUGGCAACGGAGGAGAUUGACAACAAUGUGGAUUUCAAUCGCUUGGCAAAACUGACGAAUGGUUUCUCGGGCUCUGAUCUACGUGAAAUGUGUCGCAAUGCUUCCGUUUAUCGUAUGCGACAAUUUAUGACAGCCACGGAUAGAAAUCAACAGCAGGCGUCGAAGCCACAGCCAUUAACUGGUGGUGCAGACAUCAAUAAAGCUAUGAUCUCCAUCACCAUGGAUGAUCUACUGAGCUCGCACUUGAAAAUGAAGGAGUCCAAAAUGCACACUGGCAAUCUAUUCAUGGAGAAUAGAAUAGAUUUAGAUUAACAAGCUUUAGUUUUGUUUAUUUGUUAUUAAAUUUUGAUCACAAAUCAUUUACAAGACAAGCGAUUUUUGACUUAAUACCUACAUAAGUAAAAGUAGCACAAGAAUCGCUUUCACUGAAAAAAAACGAAAAAAAAUAGUUGCACCCUAAUUUGGCAUUUUUUUAGUUGUGUUCUGCAAACUGAUAAAAUAUAAAUAUAUUUGGGGAUUUCCCCCGCUCAAAUGUCGUAGCAUUCGUCAUAGAACGAUAAACGAGAUGCAUAUCGAUCUUCCACUUUCGUUUGGUUUAUCGAUACACCAAUCAAAAACACAAGUUAAUCGAUGUAACAGUCGGUUUAAAUGCAAUAUUUGCGACGUUCGUUUGAUCAAUUCAAUUUAUUAAAUGGAUUAAUAAUCAGUGUGUAAA